AUGGACACUGCUGAGAAGACUCGUCUGCCUGGUGUGUUUCCGUUCCCGUUCUGUGUGCCGUCGUCAUCACCAUCAUCGGUAUUCCCAUCGUUGCCGAUGUUUCCACCGGGAUUUCAGCAACUGUACGCAAAUUUGGUGCAGCAACAGUUCCUUCAACUGGCACAGCAACAGCAGAGCCCUGGAAUCCGAGCCGAUCAAUCUCCUUGCCUCUCCGACCGUGCCUCAUCCCGCGAAGAUUCUCCAUCAGUGAAGAAACUUCAACUCGACGACGAUGGUUGUCCGCUUUGCCCGCUGUGCGGUGAUAAGCUGCCCGAAUCCGAAUGGUCGCACCAUAUUGAACACGAGAGAAAUAAGCUUAUCGGUGUUAUCCAGAGUGUGAAGGAAUCAAAACUGAUGGAGCCUUCAAGCAAUGCGGAGCAAUCACGGCGAAAACGAGAACUUGAACUCUUAAGGAUCCGGAAUAACCAGCAGAAGCGGUUGGCACUGAAACGCGGCACCACGACUCUGAUGCGUGACACACUUACUCCAUUCAGCCGUCAGUCAAACGAUGAAAGCGGCUCAAGCGGUUCUCCGGAGGUGAAAAAAGAAGAAGCAGAUUGUUUCAGCGGAAUCAAAUGCUUCUCGUGUCAUAGAACAACAGAGUACGGCAUUGUGUCGAGUUCAUUCGAGCAGCCACGUUGCCAGGAAUGUUUCGAUAUGCUGAGAAGUCAAGCAGGCGCGCUUCCGGCUACGCUAACAAGCAUAAUGGACCUUCGCACGACGGUGAUGAGCCCAUCGACAUCGUCGAACAAUUCACCGCCUGCAGAGAAGAAGUGUCGUGUUGAGUGA